UCACUGAAGGAGACCAUGAGAAGAAACUUCACCUCAGUGACGUUUAUUCUUUUUGGACUGACCAAUCGCCUAGAAUUGCAGAUUCUCCUCUUCCUGCUGAUUCCGGUCAUUUACAUGGUCACCGUGGCAGGGAAUCUGGUGAUGAUUGUACUCAUCCAGGUCAAUGCCAGUCUCCACACACCCAUGUACUUUUUCCUGAGCCUCUUAUCCUUUGUGGACCUGUGCUUCUCCUCCAACAUAACCCCGAAGAUGCUAGCGCUUUUCUGGUCAGAGAAGAAAACCAUUUCCUGCCCUGCUUGUCUGGCGCAGUGUUACCUUUAUAUUGCUUUGGUUCACGUGGAGCUCUAUAUUCUGGCUGUGAUGGCCUUUGAUCGAUACAUGGCCAUCUGCAACCCUCUGAUUUAUGGCGUCAACAUGUCCAAGAGUGUGUGCGUGGCCCUCAUCAUGGUGCCUUACACGUAUGGAGCCCUCAUUGGGCUGAAGGAGACCAUGUGGACCUACGGAUUAGUCUUCUGUGGCCCCAAUGAAAUUAAUCACUUCUACUGCACUGACCCACCACUGCUUAAACUGGCUUGUUCGGACACCAAGAUAAAAGAAACCUCAAUGUUGGUUUGUGCUGGAAGUAACCUUACCUUUUCCCUCCUCGUCAUCCUGGUUUCUUACCUUUAUAUUUUUUCUGCUAUCCUGAGGAUGCAUUCCACAGAAGGCAGGCGCAAAGUGUUCUCUACCUGUGGCUCCCAUCAGACAGCUGUCACCUAGUUCUAUGAAACUCUCUUCAUCAUAUAUCUUAGACCCCCCUCAAAGGAAUCUGUGGAACAAGGGAAAAAAGUUGCAGUAUUUUAUACUACAGUAAUUCCCAUGUUGAACCCCAUGAUUUAUAGCCUUAGAAAUAAAGAUGUGAAAGAAGCAUUAACCAGAGAGCUGUUCAGGAAAAAAUUAUUUCCCUAA